GUACCACCAACCCUCGGGUUCGGGUUGCGAACUGAACCGCUGGUUUGGACCGUGACAUCGUGGGGCUGUUGCAUUUCCAUCUCCCAGCGUGCACAGACCAGGCAAAAAGCAGAACGGCAGCUCAAAAGAGUCUUGGCAUCCAAGCCGCUGCCAGUCGCUUGCCAGCUGCCCGCCUUUGUAGGGUCCCAGGGCAUUUUUUGAAUUGCCCACAACUAAUUAAAUUUCACUUCCCGCGAAUUUCUAGCUAGGACAUCAUCCCACGAUCGAACAGCCCUCCCGAGACUCAGCAUCUUUGCGCCUCGACAAUCAACACCAUCAAAAUGUCUACUGCUGAGCUGGCUACCUCCUACGCGGCGCUCAUCCUCGCCGAUGACGGCGUUGAGAUCACUGCCGACAAGAUCCAGACCAUCAUCAAGGCUGCCAAGAUCGAGGAUGUCGAGCCUAUCUGGGCUUCCCUCUUCGCCAAGGCUCUUGAGGGCAAGGAUGUGAAGGACCUCCUUUCCAACGUCGGCUCCGGUGGUGCCGCCGCUGCCCCCGCUGCCGCUGGCGCCGCUGCCGCUGGUGGUGCCGCUGAGGAGGCCAAGGCUGAGGAGAAGGUUGAGGAGAAGGAGGAGUCCGACGAGGAUAUGGGCUUCGGUCUCUUCGACUAAGCGAAGAAAGGGGGCUUUCUUCUGGUUUGGUCAUGACCUCUCGUUUCCAAUUUGUUCUUCCAAAGCUUGCAUGGGUCUGCGACGGUUUCUCGCACAUACGACUUCGGUUAUGGGAGGCUUAUGAUAUCAGGGGUUCGGUUCAUCGGCGUAGCUUUACACGGACAAUGAAGAUGCGCUUUUGAGCAAAAGAAGUAAAAACACUUGGAAGCUUGCUCUCCACUUGUUGAAGCGACGGAUUUCCACCGUAGCAGACAUCCGACUCUACGACCGACAGCGCGCCCGGAUCUUGAUGGUCGAUUGAUACCCGGACCUGAGGUUCCUGCUCACCGUUUUGGAAGAUGAGCUGGUACAAACUCAAGAAAAGGCAGAUAAGACAAAUUAUCUGUUACUGAUUCCAACUUGGGCUAGUGUUUACGACUCGUGUUUGUUUACUUUGUCAUGAUACGACGUCAUCUUCACCUGCGUUUCUUGAAACCCAAACAUCACCCCGAGUUGUCAACACAAUCUCCGUUUGCGACGCGCUCCAGUCGCGUUCACUUUGAUUUCGCACAGCCUCGUGUGUACCUUGCUGGCCAUGACUCCAUUCCCAUGCCAAUCUCCAGAUUCGUAUCCCACUGAUCCCAGACGUAGAUCUUAUCGAAAGUCAACAGCGUGCCUGGCGAUAAGAUAAGGGGACCAGACGCAAACAGUACAGCCUUAUGUCAACACGGAUGAAGGCUCACAGUACAGGCGCCGAAUCAAAGUCGUCGAAUAUGUCGUCUCUCGUCCCGCUUUAUGACGAUCCUGCGAUAUAACUUUGUGAACCCUAGCUGG